CUGGCCGGUUGCCAGCUUCCACAGUCAACUUAUUGGGCUUUUUUUUUCAUUACUCCUGGACAUGACUCGAAGAGACACGCCUUAGCAAUCCAGGUGUGGCUGCCAUGAGCUCACCUGGCAUAGGCGGGACGGGACGACCAUUAAAGCAACAGCACCCUCAAGGCACUCAUAUCUUCUCACACUUUCCCUUUGCCACACUUCGGAGACUGAGUACUGUAUAUCACAGAAAACCACUGCUGCAGCUUAGGUUUUCUCCUUUGAUGUGACAGGCUCCAGGAAAAGUUUGCAGGUGUUUGCAACAUCUUGGCUGCUGAGAGAGAGAGAGAGAGAGAGAGAGAGAGAGAGAGAGAGAGAGAGAGAGAGAGAGAGAGAGAGAGAGAGAGAAGAUAAACCAUCCUUGAAGAUUUCACACCCAAAGGAUGUCAAGGGUGAUGCCAAACCAUGUGCUUAGGGUCGGACAGACAAUAUGUGUUUCAUCCCAAGAAGACCAUGCUCGCUUGCAGCCUAACGGUUAUUCGCCUUGCCACACUUCACCACCGCAGUAUUUAUAUUAUUCUGUAGAAGGCUGGGACAGACAGAUCUCAUUGACCCAAGGCAAAGGAGGUCCACUGCCCAAGAUGGAACUCUAUGACUCCUGUAAGCUGGCAGAGGCCACACCUAUGAAAUCCCCAAAUUUGGGGGAUAAAUGUCUGCCAGAGGAGCCAACAGAAACAGGCAAUGACAGCUGCCCAGAAUUCUCUCCCACUUUGGAUGUGUCCAUUGAUAAACUGAACCGCCUGAUCUUGGAAAUUGACCCCACUUUCCAGCCUCUCCAGCUGAAUCCGAUCCAAAGCCAGAGUCCUAACCAAGCUGUUCCACAAAGCAGCACAGCAGUGGCCCAAAAACAGGAGCCAGAAUCCCCAGACAUAAAGUACAUUGAAAUGUCACCUGCCAGACCAAAGUGCCAGGAGUCUCGGCAGAACUCAGAGAGUCCAUCCUGCGCUCCGCAGUCUACGUCUCCCCCAAACCACUGCCCUUUGUUUCCACAUGGAGGAACCCACUCCAGUGGCCACAUGACCUUCAUGGUUGGCCACGAUCCUGGUGGCCCCCAGUAUCCCACAGGGAGGCAGUCGCCGGCUUGCAUCCGGGUCUCCGAAAGCAUCUCCAUUCCGCAGCAGGACCAGAAAGGCUACAGGUCAAGUUCCCUGCUGCCUUCCUCCCCAGGCUUUGAGAACUUACGGAAGCUGUCUCAGCAUGGGAGGAUGGUGCAGCGAUGCAGCGAGGCAUCUCUGCUUUCGACAAGUCCAGGGUCGGACACCAGCUACAUCCUUGGAAGCAGCUCCCAAUCACUGUCCAACAAUGAGCCCGACACUCCUCAGACCAGGUCAACGGGAAGUCCUUCCUCUGUUGGAUCCCUCAAUGGUUCUUCCCUUGGUUCCUGGAGCUCAGGUUCCUACUACCCUGGUGUCAGUUGCUCCCAGAAAGGGAAUUCUCCCCUACCUCAGCCGUUCCAGAAGGGACAGACCAAUAGCUGCUCUCCUUCACCCGUCACAAGCUCCCCAUCCCAUGUGCCCAUUGUGCUUAUCAAUGGCCGUCUUGAAGACAGUGAGAUGCCCUCCAAACCUUACAGGAAUCACCCAGGUUCUUUCAAACAGAAGAUGCCCCCGCCCAGUUCUGGCUCAUUUUCCGGUGCCAGCAGUUCCAACAAAACAUCUUCAGAGAGCUCGCUCUCGUCUUCUUCGUCUCUGGACAGCUAUUCAAAAGAAACCCAGACAACGAUGAAGUUUGUGAUGGACACCUCCAAGUAUUGGUUCAAGCCUAGCAUCACAAGGGACCAAGCUGUCCAGAUGCUAGCUGAUGAACCCCCUGGCACUUUCAUCAUGCGGGACAGCACAUCUUACCGCGGCUCGUUUGGCUUGGCCAUGAAAGUCUUCAGCGGCAAAACAGGGGAGGAUGGCAGUGAUCCUAUCAGGCACUUCCUCAUUGAGUCUUCUGCCCGAGGAGUGCACCUUAAGGGCGCUGAAGAAGAACCCUAUUUUGGAAGUCUCUCGGCGUUUGUAUAUCAACACACCAUCAUGCCUUUAGCAUUGCCCUGCAGACUGGUUAUCCCCAGCCAAGAUUUCUUUGGAGGAAGAGAAAAUCCUGCUGUGGGUUCAGAAGCCACUCUUCCAGUUUCAAUGAAAGCUGCAGUCUGCAAUCUCCUGUACCUCCACUCCCUGACCAUGGAGACGCUCACUGGCAAAGCAGCAGUUCGGAAAGCCGUCUCUGCCACUUUCGAACUGGAGGUCCCGCCUACGCCCACCAUCGUCCACUUCAAAGUGACUGACCAAGGGAUCACCUUGACAGACAUCCAGCGGAAGGUUUUCUUCCGGCGGCACUAUCCACUGACUGCCAUCAGCUUUUGUGACAUGGACCCCGAAAACCGGAAGUGGCAGAAAUUUUCCAAAAUUUCCAGGAUCUUCGGUGUCAUUGCCAAAAGCCCAGCAGACUCCGAGAAUAUCUGCCACCUCUUUGCAGAAUAUGACGCAGUGCAUCCGGCUUCCCACAUUGUUGACUUCAUCAAGAAACUUCUACCUGCUGCUUAACAUUGCCCAAAUGCCGGGGUCCUCUGUCUCCUAGCAAUGCUGCCCCACCGCUCCCUAUACGCCCCGCCCCAUAAGCACAACAGUGCGCUCUUGGUCUUUGAAAGCUCUCUGGGUUGCAUUUUGAAAAGGCUCUGGAGACAAACCAUGGCUGUAUGAGUGUUGUGAGGGCUGCAACAGAAAUGUGGCAAUGGGAAGCAGCAGCAGAUUAUAUGUCUUUGCAGGAAUGAUUCAGUGACUGGAUUCUCUCUCUGGUCUACAGGAAGGCCAACCGUGUAAUUUCUGGGCUCCUAUUUCAACCAGAAUACUCUUUAGUAGGCCAAUUGAUCAGAAAGGUGUUUUUCUACCCUGUGGAAAAAAGAUAGUCUUGCAACAUGCAAAGUUGUACUGAUUUGCCUUGGUAAUAGCAAGUCUUUGAAAUAGUUCUGCCAACAGAAAACCCACUACAGGGAUCCAUGCUCAGUUCGCCCCUUGACUGGACUAUUGUAAUGUGUAAAUACUUAUAAAGAAUAUUGAGAUGCUGCAGUUGCUGCGGAAUGCAGCUGUCAGUGUUAAGUGGUUCGGCACCAGCCUGCUCAUGUAAUUGAGAUCAGCAGCAGAGGCCCUUCUUGUUGCCCCGUUGUUAGGGGAUACCCACAAUGCAGUGACAUGAGAUAGGGGGCCACUACGGAGAAGGCCCUGUUUAUGGAACUCACUUCCCUUCGCUAUAGGGACAACACCGUCAUUAUUCAACUUUUGUUGCUGCGUAAAUAUACCCUUUUUUCACCCAGCCUUUGAAAGAGGGUUGAGCUGAGAGGGCCAACUGUAAACAUGGCUGCCGUAGUGUUGUUGUUUUGAUACUGUAUAUUAUUCUUAUUAAAUAUAUACUGGACAUAUCAAUAACUUCUAUAUGAAUCUUAUUACUGUAAUCUGCACUGGAACUAAGAGCGGCUGAAGUGUGGGCUAAAUGAUCAAAAUCGUCAAUGGCUCGGAGGUCGGAUAACUCCAUAACCUGCAACAUUUGUCCAAUGGAAAUAGGGACGUCCUAAGGAAAAGUGGGACAUUCCAGGAUCAAAUCAGAAACUGGGAUGGCUUCUCUAAAUCAGGGACAUCCCUGGAAAAUUGGGAUACUCGGAGGCUCUGGGCUAGCAUUUGCGAUAUGUAUAAAACCAGGGUUUUACGAUCCUCUGAAAGGCUCCGAAAGAAUGAUGCCAACAGCUUUUAGGAAGCAGUGGCACAAAAAUAACUCUCCCAACAAAAGAGUUGAAGUGCAUUUCUUCGACUGAUUCUCCUUCUUUUGCCGCAUGUGACUGACCCAAUUUGACCUUCUGUGUUCGUCAGUAUCGCCAGCGGCAAUGAUUUGAGUAUAAUGGGGGGGGCUGCUCUUGUGUUCUUGGCCCCUCUGCUGGAGAUGUUUAUGAAGCGACUGGGUAGUGAGAUUUCUCUGAAGUUUUUACUCUUUUUCCUCAUUUUGCUCUUUUCCCUCAUUCGAGCUGGGGCUGGGCCACAGCCUCCCACUGGCAAGGGGGCCUGAUUUAUCCUGAGCUGCAGGUGGUGCCAAAGAGUCAGAUUUUAGCUGCA